AUGAAAGCAUUACUUCUUAUAUUAUGCAUUUAUUUAGUUUCAUCACUUGAAUUUGUGGAUGGUGAUUGUAAAGGAAGACAUGGGUAUUUCUGUUAUACAGAUAAAGACAAGAAGAGGGAAUAUUAUACCUGUAACAAAGGUAAAAAGUCGUGUGUUAGCAAAUGCCCAAAUGAAGAUGUAUGCAUUGGUAAAGGUGAGUUUGAAAUCAAUAAAAACAAGAUUUGUGUUGCACCUAAUGAGUCUCACUGGGAAGUUGAUCCAUUACCUACUCCUACACCAAAUAAAUAUCCAGUCAAUUGCACUGAAGUGAAAGAAGGAUAUUAUUGUUAUGAAGAAGAAUCAAAGAAUACUGAAUACUAUUGGUGUGUGAACAGUGUUGGUUAUGAAAUGAAAUGUCCUAAGGGAACAACAUGUCAUACAAAAGACAAUGGUUAUAACAGUCCAUGUUAUUAA